UUCUUCUUCUUUUUUUAUCAACAAUUUUAGGAUGGUGGUGGCUCAGCGGGGGGUAAUCCCGCCCCCAAAGCACUACGCAGAUUCAGCCUGGUUCAAGUAUAUUUUGUCGUGCUGUGCGGCUACCACAGCUGAGCUAGUCACAUAUCCACUGGACUUGGCUAAGACUCGACUCCAGAUCCAGGGGGAAAAAGGACUCAAUAGCAAUGGCAUGCAACCUUACAGAGGCUUGGCAGGGACCGGUGUUGGAAUUAUACGUGAAGAGGGAGCAUUAAAGUUAUGGCAAGGUAUUACUCCGGCUGUGUAUAGGCAUUUAAUAUAUUCUGGCACACGUAUGGUCCUCUACGAGAAAGUACGAGAUCACCUUUUCACAACACGGCCUGAUGGGACAAGGCCAGUCUGGCAGGCCAUUGUGGGAGGUAUUUUAGUGGGAGGAAUUGCGCAGUUCCUGGCCUCACCUGCCGACCUGGUCAAAGUGCAGAUGCAGAUGGAAGGACGAAGAAGGCUGGAAGGCAAACCCCCACGAGUUCACUCGGCUGGGGAAGCCUUCAUCAAGAUCUACCAGGCAGGUGGAAUGCGUGGCCUGUGGAAAGGUUGUAUGCCAAACGUCUAUCGCUCAGCACUCGUCAACCUCGGUGAUCUGACCACCUAUGACUCGGUCAAGAGAUAUUUUGUGAACAGUUGGGGGCUGCCUGAUACAUAUUGGACCCAUGCUUUGUCUAGUACCUUAUCUGGCCUGGUGUCGGCCGUCUUGGGCUGCCCUGCCGACGUAGUUAAGGCCAGGAUUAUGAACCAGCCUACUGACAGUAAGUCCAGGGGUCUUUUGUAUCGAAAUUCAGCAGACUGCUUCUUGAAGACAGUCCGCAAUGAAGGCUUCUGGGCACUGUACAAGGGCUUUGUCCCCUGCUGGCUGCGCAUGGGUCCCUGGUCCCUCACUUUCUGGAUCACCUACGAACAGAUACGAAACGCUUGUGGCACAUCAGCAUUCUAGAAAGUGCUGACAUACAUGGGUGACAAAAUAUAUGAAAAAAGGGUAUACGUUUCCUUUGUAGAAAGUUCACUCUUCAGACUUAGAAGAAGCUGGGCAACUUAGGAGUGGAGUUUCUUUUUUAUGAUAUUAUAUAUAUCUUUUUUUUUUAUUUCUUUCUUUUUGUUAACUGCCCUUUGGUAUAAAUGUUAUUUUUUUCUGUCUUUCUUUUUUCUCCUGUUAAUAAAUACAUAUUUUGUACAUAGAGAAUAAAGAUACUAUAUUGUAAAAAAAAAAAAAUGAUUAUGGGAUUGACAAAUAAUGUAAUUAUAAGGUUGUGUUUAAAAUCUUAGGCAAAGAAUGAUUCCCACAUGGUACCUUUACUUUUAGAGUAAGGAUGGUUUUAGUUACAAAAUCCCACUUGCAGUAACAAAGAUAUUAACAGAUCACUUGAUUCACAACUGUGGAAUGGAAGCCGGUGUGGUACAUGCCCGUGAAGAAAGUCAUCUAUUUUAUUAUAUCAUUCUGAGGAAGAGCCACACCUUGAAUCAGCUGAUUUUACUUGUCAGCUUUACUUUAAACAGAACUGAGUGGUGAUGUGAGAACAAGAACUCUUUUCAGAAAAUUUUGGAUACCUUGUGAAUUAAAAACAAGAAAAAGAGGUGGUGAUCCUCAUGUCUGAUGUGCUCUGCUGUGAAGGCUUUUGUAAUGCAACUGUACUUGUGGACCACAUUAUAUCAGACUUGUUAUACAUAUAGUGUGGAAGUUCUGUGUUGAUUGUGUACCUUGUGUGGUGAUGGGAAGACAGGUUUACUUUAUAGCCUGGUGUUUUGUGAUGCAUUACCGUGGUACCUACAGUAUGUGUGUAGCUGAAGCACACAUUAUAGCAUAGCUAUGAAUAUGGUUCAGAUUAUAGGCAGCUAAAUCCUUUUGACUGCAUCAGUCAUUGUGAGCUUCAUAUGACCAAGACCGGCAGAUUUAUAUGCUUGCCAGUUAACAGUCGCCCAGAGAUCAACCAUAGCUCAUGCAUGAAGUUACUGUAUACCCCAUGCCAUGUGUUAGUCACCCAAACAAUGCAAUUGAUUAGUCACUACCUAAGUUAACUAGUAUACUAGUGUGUUGUUCAUAUUCCCCCCCCCCCCCUUUUUUUUUUUCUUUUUCCUUUGUUUAUCAACGUGUAUUUGAAAAAAAAUUAUGAGUUUUCUCAUGUAUUUCUUUUAAGCUUCCGUUUUGUCUGUAUGUAUAUAUAAUGAUAUUUUUUCCUCCUUUAACUCAUUACUUGAAGCACAAACAGGGGGGUAGCCAUGCACCCUCAGCUUAAACUAGGGGAUUGGAGACUUGCAAGAAUUCAAAGAGGCUUCCAUAUACUGGUAUAACAAUUGCCAGAAGGGUUCUUACUCUCCUGUCAAGAAAUGCGUCAUUUGUAUUAUGGUUUGAUCAUGAGAUGGGAGGAAAUAAUCACUUUUUCUCGUGUUGAUAACUCAAGUGUCUCUCAGGUGCCACUAUGAAUAUAUAUAUAUAUUUCUCUUUUUUUUCUGUAAUUACCACCCAAGAACUGAUAGAAUACUAUAUGAGCUUCCCAGUAAGAAUUAGAAGUUCCAGAUCAUCAGAUUGUAUUUUUUUACUUUUUUACAUAGGGAAAAGUAUCCUCCGAGUUCAGUACAGAGAUGAAUAAAUGAAAGUGUGUAACUUGCUGAUACAGCUAAAGUAGGCUACAUAUGUUUAACAUACAGUAAAAAAAGAAUUUCAGGAGUUAGUGUAAUAUAGCAACUACUACGGAAUGCGUGAAAGAGUUAAAGCAGUCAUAACAAAGAAGAAAAAAAAAAUUGCUAUCAGUAAGAAAUGUAAUUAUUAUUUAAACAUACUUUUAUGAUGAAGCGUCUUUAUGAAUACAAUAGUUAACUCAAGGGAGAAUAUAAAUACUUUUUUUAUUUAUAUUUUUUUUUACGAGUUUAAAAGCUCUGCCUCAAUGCAAUGAAGGAAAAGAAAUAGUUGAUGAAAUUACACAUCCUGGUUCUAUAUUUUCCUUCUUUUCUUUUUAUCUAUUGCAAUUGUAUUGUUAUAUUUCAAUAGUGAAAUAAUGUAAUAAGAUAAAGGAAUUAUAAAUACACAUACAUAUAGCACUUACAAAAUAUAGCAUACCUCAGAAACUUUUACCCCUUGAAGGCAACCUAGAAAUGAUGCUGACAGCCGUUUUGAUAGGUGUAAUCCAAUUAACAUGCAUAUACACGUGCAUAGUUAUGAAUAGCAAUGAUAGUUAUUAUCAUUAUAACUUUCAUCCUCAGAGGAACUUUCCUUUCCCUUCUUUUCCUCUUCCUUCUUGUGCUUCAUCUCCUCCUCCUUUUUUUUCUACUUUUCUCCUCUUAUUCCUCUUACUCCUCCUUUUGCAAUGUUGUCCAUUAUCUGCUCAAAAAUAAUAAAGAGAGAAGCACUGUAAUUAUUAUUAACUUUCUUCCUCUUCUUCCCUCUUUUCCUCCUUCUCUUCCUCUUCUUUCUUUCUUUCUUCUUGCUCCUCCUCCUCCUCCUCCUCCUCUUCUUCUUCCUUUUUCUCCUGCAUUGUUAUCCAUCACCUGCUCAAAAAGAAUGAAGAGAGAAGCACUGUAAUUAUUUUUACCUUUCUCUGUAAACGGGGAAGGAGCGCCAGAUGAAGCAGGUUCCAACCUUAUUACCCGUCACACGAUUUCCUUUGGUGCUUCAAACACAUUUUCUGUAAAGUGUUAUUUGUGUCUGAGUUUGUUGACAUGUUGCCUAACCCUUGUUAUUCCUGGUCCUGAUGCAAGACGACUGGUGGUGUUAGUUAACCUGGCUGCAUCUGUGUAAAUAUUGGAGCAUUUAUUUUCAUUGUUGUGUCUUAUUGCUAAGCUUCGGCUCUUCUGUUUACGUGGCUGUUGUGGUUUUAACUCGACAUAUCCUUUUUUUUUUUUUCUUCUUCUUUUUUUUUUUCUUUUUCUUCUUCUUGUUUCUGUCUUUGGUUCGUUUUAUUUGAUGAUGACAUAGAAAUAUUUGAUUUUAAUAAACAAAAACUAGCAUUGUGUAAUCGAGCUGUAUGAAUAUCUGUUUCUAAUGAUUUAUUAUUAUUAUUGUUACGUUUAAUGAGUCUUUAGAGAACUGAUUAAUGUAAAACUAUUUAACAAUUACACAUAAACAGUAUCUUAGCAUUUAACACUGAAGGACAUGCUUAGAUUUCUAAUGGUUCAUGUUUUCGUACAAGAAAAUAGAGAAGCAGCCUGUUAAAGAAGAACCCAUCAAAAGGUUUUUCCUGAAUACAACUGUCAGCUAAAAGCACUUGCUAAAGACAAGCUCAACUUAAUGUGCAUAGGAUAUAGGCUGAAGCAGCAAUGUAUUAUGCCGUAAAGUAGAAAAAAGAAAAAAAAAAAAAAAGAGGUUCCUAGCCUGUGCCCCUUUUCUUCUUCUCUCUCUCAUCUUUUAAUUAAGGAAUGCUUACACCUCAGGACUUUUGGUUGGGAUGGGAAGGUCUUAUCCGCAGCAUUGAAAAAGAAAGAGAAAAGACACACCAUACGUGGAUGUUUGGAUAUGUUUGGUGCAGUCACUGGAAGCCAAAACAUGGACAGCUGAAAGUGGAAGCCAAGAAUUUCAGAAGCGCCAAGUAAAGCAUUUAAAAAUAUCAAGAUUGGAGUGCUGUACUGACAAGAGAAGAUACAAAGGAGAGUUUGAAAAUGUAAUGCGCCUUCUUCUAUUUGGAUGUUAUUUUGUCUGUCUGAGGGAGAGAGGGGCAUUACCUAAAUAUUGUUAACCAUAAUGAAUCCAUUUUUAAAAGCAAAGUUAUUUUAUAUGUGCUAAACAUUGAGACUAUAGUUUUAUAAGAUUUAUAUUUCACAGCUCAUUUUCUUAUGCAUUUUGGAAGAAGAUAAAACUAAAAACAGAGCUUCAUUUUGCAAGCUUGAAGGUAAGUUGUCGCAAGCUUGUAAGAGAUUUUACAUUGCGAGCAAGUACGGCUUGAUGUGCCAUAUCAGAAACUCAUUGUGGAAGUCACACCCAUGCAUUUAUCAGAGAAUAAAUGACCGUGAACUAGAUACAUCAUUAUUUAUGGUAUAAGUAAAUAUUGGUGUCUAUUGUAAUGUAUUUUAGUACCUUGCAAGUUAUAGACAAUAAAUAUUUUUAUGUAACUAUGAUAAA